AUGUUUGACGGAUUUUUGAAAAGCAAGUUCUACUCCAAAUGCAAAUCGGCAAUUAAGAUGACGAAAACUCGGAUUGAGAUUAUACGCAAGAAGAGAAAUGCAAUGCAGAAGUAUUUGAGGAAUGAUAUUGCUGAUCUGCUUAAAAAUGGAUUGGAUAAUAAUGCCUAUGGCAGGGCGGAAGGACUUAUGGUUGAGUUGAACAAAUCUAACUGUUACGAUUUGAUUGAACAAUUUUCAGCUUUUAUCUUGAGUCAUCUUGCAGCCAUGGCUAAACAGAGAGAAUGUCCCGAAGAGUGCAGGGAAGCUGUAUCGUCUUUGAUGCUUGCAGCAGCAAGUUUUGCUGACCUGCCAGAAUUGCGGGAGCUGAGAACUGUAUUUUCUGAGAGAUAUGAGAAUUCUCUGGAUGUUCAUGCCAAUAAAGAGUUCGUCGAGAAGUUGAAGUCAUCCCUUCCAUCAAUGGAUAUGAAGCUUCAAUUAAUGCAAGAUAUAGCAGUACAUUCAGGCAUAAAAUGGAAUUCAAAAGGUUUGGAAAAUAGGCUUUAUAAUGCGCCUGCCUCUAUCCAAGUUUUCACCAAUGAAAGCAAUGAUAGUGAUUACAAUCUUCACAACGGGGUGAAUGGUUCAGUUCAAAAUAAAAACUGCAGGGACACUGAGAACCCGAGAGAAUGUACUGCUCCUGAGAGGAAAGAUGUCUGUUCAUCUCAUGGAGAAAAGGAAGCUACGAAAGAGGAAUUCAAAUUGCCUAGGAGAAAGGAAAAUGCCAUGCCUCAAAGAGACAACAUAGUUCCUCCAUCCCACAAGACCCCAGUUGUUACACCUCCUAUUAAGGACAUUCAAGUGGAUACUAUUGGAAGAAAUGAGAUGCGAAAUCAACCAGAUACCCUGAGAAGUACUUCUGGGGAAAAAGUCGAGAAUGGAAAGCCUUUUAACUUUAAAUCGAUUCCUCCUCCUUAUACCAAAUCAGAAAAUGACAACACAAAGAGUCUCGACACUGAUGAUUCAGUUGGUGAUGCUAAGCUGAAGCCAAGAUCAGUCAGGAGUAGACAAACUAAAAAAGUGCCAUCAGCUCGUGAAAAUGUUGGUGGUUCUGAAAGUAACAACAGUGUAAAUCAAGACAAAGCGGCCCACGGACAAAGAAUUCUAAAAUUCUUAGACAAGGGUGAUGGUGACCAAUGUGACGACGAAGAAAGAACGAUGGACAAGCUUUUAUUUCGCUACAGUCGGAAAAAGGCACCUCACGACAUGGACAAUUCAGCCUCAGUUCUUAAGCCGCCCCGUCAGCUUGCUGCCAUGGAAAAAAGCAAAUCAAAACAUGGAAAUAGAGAUGGUCCAAACAGAUUGUCUUCACUUCCUGUUGAAUUAACAAGUCCAACCAAGAUUCCAAAAAGACACGUCCGGGCCACGUCUCUCCAGCCUGAAAUGCUGAGUUCAAACGGGCACGUGCACCCUAAGCUGCCAGACUAUGAUGAUUUUGUUGCUAGACUUGCAGCUUUUAGAGGAAACUGA